GGGAGGGGGGGGCUGAGCGAGCCGGUCUGAUGACUUGCUGCGUGCCACCGCCACCACCACCUCCACCAUCCCUCACGCUGCCUCGCCAAUCUCCUCGAGGGCUCCGCGCUCGUCACCAGCACCGUCGUCACCACCACCACCACCGUCGUCAUCCUCCACCUCAGCGCUCAGCGGAGCCGCGUCUCAAAAUAGCUGCAGCCCGCGGCGCGGCAGCCGCAUUCAUCAACCGAGAGCGAGAGAGGGGGGGGGGUAGCGGAGGCGGAGUGAGAGAGGGGGAGGGGGGGCGAGAGGGGAGGGACCCCCCCCCCCCUCCGUGGUGUCGUCGACCCAAGAGCGAGCUGCUUGUGAUUCAGAGAGCCGCGUCGCACACGGAGGUCCACGCCAUUUUAGCGCUCGCGAGUGCGGGGGGAGCACGCGAAGGGUUCGUUCGUGGACCCGGGAGCAAGCGAGGAGGGGGAGCACGAGGAGGAGCAAGCGAGGAGGGGGAGCACGAGGAGGAGAAGCGGCCGAGGAGGAGGCUGGAGCCACACACACGGACUGGGGAGCACGGGGGGAGUGAGAGAGAGUGGGCGAGGUGCGUCCGUAGAAGAACGGGAUUUGUGUUGGGAGGCAUUGACAGCGAGCGACCUCACAGGUCGAGCAGUCCAAGUCGCGCUGUGGCGAGAGGCGGUCGUGCCAACGCCACCCCCUCGUCAGCAUCGCCAGUGUUGGCGUGAGCAGCAAAGACCUUCCCCGGGUAGCCCUCGCAGACUGUUGGGGCAAGUGCUGUUAGCGUACGGCACGCGAGUGGGGCCACGCGUCGCCUCUCGUCCCCGUCCUCGCGGCUCCGUCUCCUCCCUCCGCCGCUCGCUCCGCGCUCCAGGCCCUGCCACCUGGACGUCCGCUGUGUCCGGACCGAGGCUCCGCGCUCGCUCGCCAUCGCCUUCUCCUGCUCGCUUGCACGUGGGAGGCGUCUGGCAGCCUCUCCCUGCCCGGCGUGCGCGUGGCCGCCCCGUCGCGAGCAGCAGGCUCAGGCCCGCUGUGCGUCCAUGGUCGAUCCCUUCCGUCACGUGCCCUCCACAUCAACUUCGCCGUCACUCUCCAUCGGCACCACGCGGUGCGUGACGUCAUUUAUGGACGGCCCCUCAAUGGGGCGACCGGGACCCCCGAGCCGGUCCCUUUGAGGACCCCCCGCGAGCUCCCAACUCCGCGUCCGAUGCUCCGAGCCCUUGGCAGAAGGCCGGGGUCGACGGGAUUGCUGCCCACCGCACCGCUGUCCACGAGAACAUCGUCACAAGGCGUUCGUGUCGAAGAGAUCGGUGGCCACCGCAGCGGCGUCCGUCCGCGUGCGGCGGGGUGAGUCGUGAGCCCGCGACGAUGCCCGUCCGGCCCGGCAGGACCCCCCCCUCCGCGUCUCCCCGGCUGCGGCGCCGCUAGCGCCGCAGCCGCCGCCGCCGCCGCGGCUCCGGCGGCCGGCCAUGAGCUACCCUCGCGCCAUGACCUUCUCGGCAGCGGGCGGAGUCGGCGGCGUCGUCAACAACCACCACCAGGGCGCCAACCACCACGCGGGCCACGGCAAUCACUCGGGCCACGGCAACGCGACGGGCGGAGGCCACGGGCGGCCGUGCGAGCAGGUGCUCAUCCCCGUCGAGGUGUUCCUCAUCCUGGGCGUCAUCAGCCUGCUGGAGAACAUCCUGGUCAUCACGGCCAUCCUCAAGAACAAGAACCUGCACUCGCCCAUGUACUACUUCAUCUGCAGCCUCGCGGUGGCCGACAUGCUCGUGAGCGUGUCCAACGCGUGGGAGACCAUCAUCAUGGCGCUGCUGCAGAACGGCUCGCUGGCCAUGCAGGAGGACACGCUCAAGCAGAUGGACAACAUCAUGGACUCGAUGAUCUGCACCUCGGUGGUGGCCUCCAUGUGCAGCCUGCUCGCCAUCGCGGUCGACCGCUACGUGACCAUCUUCUACGCGCUGCGCUACCACAACAUCAUGACGGUGCGUCGCGCCGCCUCCAUCAUCGGCGCCAUCUGGGGCACGUGCACGCUCUGCGGCGUCAUCUUCAUCGUCUACUCGGACAGCACGGCCGUCAUCAUCUGCCUCAUCGCCAUGUUCUUCACCAUGCUGGUGCUCAUGGCGUCCCUCUACGUGCACAUGUUCAUGCUGGCGCGGCUGCACGCCAAGCGCAUCGCCGCCCUUCCCGCCAGCGGCAUCAUCCAGCACAAGACGAGCAUGCGUGGCGCCAUCACGCUCACCAUCCUGCUGGGGGUGUUCAUCGUGUGCUGGGCGCCCUUCUUCCUGCACCUCAUCCUCAUCGUGUCGUGCCCGCGCAGCCCCUACUGCGUGUGCUACAUGUCGCACUUCAACCUCUACCUGGUGCUCAUCAUGCUCAGCUCCGUCAUCGACCCCAUCAUCUACGCCUUCCGCUCGCACGAGAUGCGCCACACCUUCAAGGAGAUUGUCUGCUGCUACAGCGGCUCGCUCUACUGCGCCCUGCCGGCCACGUGGAAGUACUGAGGCCCGCUCGAGUCCCGCUCGAGUGGCGGAGCGAGCGGCGUGCGACGAGGGCGUGGGGCGCGGGUGGGGGGGGGAGGAUCGCUGCGACCCACCACCCCCACCACCCCGGUCUAACACUCUGCGUGCGAGUAUCACAAACCCGGGUCCUGCGACUCGUCGCGCAGAUUCUGCCUGCGAGUUAAUUUAUUUCGCCGAUCAAUCGAUCGGCGUCUCGGCUGCCUGCGAGAGAGAGAGCGAGAGAGGGGUGCGAGGGUUGUUGGGGACUCCCACGGCGGCUGCGGCGACGCCUCCCACACACGGCCCUGGCCGGAUCGAGGGCCGGACCUGGCAGGCCCUGGAACCCGCGCGAGGCUGGCUGGAGGGACACUCCGCUGGCCCGAGCGGUGACCCCGUGGGGCACGAGGAGAGGGCCGCUCUGCCGGGGUCCACGGCAGGGAGGGAGCGUUCCCCUGUGUGAGGCAGCGCGUCUGGGUCAGGCUCCCCACGCAGGCAGCCACCGCUCGCACCGUGUACACACGCGCGCGUGUGUGUGUGUUGUCGCUUGGUCAUUGUGGUGAUAGAGACGCCUUCAAGUAGGCGGUGGGAGGCUGGAGGAGGGGGUGAGGAUGGGGGGGGGGGGGGUAUUGAUGAAUGUCGUCGUGUGGAUCCGCGCCUGUCGCCGGAGAGUUCCGAGUCGGCGGUGGCAGCGGGUGCAGCGCGCGGCUCGCCGCCGGCGUCUUCGCCCGGCACCAUCUCGGGGCUGUCCGCGCGCUAGCGGGAGGAGGGACACGACCAGAAGAGCGAAUGUGGUUCCAGCGCCGAGGAGGGGCGAGUGAUUUGGCGGCGGAGUCAGAAGAGCAGGGUAACAAUGAGCUCCCCCCCCCCCCGACUAACCAGCCAGACGACCACCAGCCCCCAAGACAUCUCGAGCCCUCACUAACAAGCCAAAUAUAUCAUACUAGCCCUACCUCUCACCAUUACCACGCUAGGCAGUCAGUCACUGGCACGAACGCAUCUCGAGCCAACCAUCCGCUCGUGCUGACAACCCAACUAGCCCCGCACAAUGCUCGCGUUAUCUCUGCAGCUGACCAACUAGCCCAGCAGGCCCCUCGCGGUGACCCCGGGAGACGGGGGUCUCUAAGGGUCACAGGACCCAGCUAUACACAUUCGCCAACGUUUCUAUUCACAUACAAGCGGUUGCACGCCGCACGUGCCUGAUGAUUGCUGAACAUGUCCCACGUGACACAGAGAGUGCCGAUUCGAGCUAAGGCAGAGAUGAGUAUCGACUGCGAGCGUGUGGGUCCAACAUGAUUUAGAGAGCUCCAGUUCAAAGAUAGAGAUGAGUGUGUGUGGGAGUGGUAGAGUAGAAGUUAGCGCGCUGCGCUACGAACCUGGCGACCCGGGUUCGAUUCACGGCCAACAAAGAGGCGGUCCAGUGCCUCCCCUAGGUCGACUCAGCCUCAAAUGAGUACCCGGUGCUAUGUGUAAACAUCGCCACUAGGGAGACAAAGGCGGUCGGGCGUGGUGUUGGCCACCCACCCCCUCGUUUGCCGUAAAGGCCUUUAUAGGCGCUCGCUAACAGCACUUGCUCCAACACUCUGUUCAGGCUAUAGGGGGGAUCUUUGUACUCGCGUGUCCCAGCCUGCGCUAAUUUAAUUAUAGACACAUUACGGGCAUGUUUGUGAGUACACGUUGUGUUUCACGUGAUACAGGCAGCCCCAAGUAAAAUGUAACAUUUGCGGCCUCUACAUCUCACGGGACGUGUUUACCAACCAUCAGGCGCAUGCAGCGCGCAACUCCUUCGUUUUCGAACCGAUAGGUUGAGGUGAGUUUUAUUUAACCAGGCGAGAGCUCAAGGAGACGCCGGAUGAGGCUCAUUUGAGGAAGCGUCCGACCCCGAGUCGCCGGAAAUAAAAACGACACAAUUCCAAGAGCGUGAACAGCGAGCGAGGACGACGAAGCGACGAGAAGUGGGGAGCAGGCUCAGCGGAAUGGAGGCUGACAUCAGGUCGGCGCCGUGGCCGCGUCGCGACGCGCUUGGUGAACGCCGCUUCACGUUGCGGGGGUCCCGCUUGGGUUUUCUGCCACCCCCCCCCCCCCCCAACCUCACAAGGCUACGAUAUUGGCCACGUUACACCCGCCCCCCUCCCCCCGGGGCAAGUUUACAGAGAGCCUCUCUCCCCGGUCGCGUGUUUUCGUGGAGUCGUUCCGGCGGCGCGUAGCGACGGGUUGUUGUACCGCGCUGUUGUACCGCGCUGUUGUCACUUUCCUGUGGCCUGAGCGUUCGUCGGUUGUCGUCGUUCCUGAACGGCGCGCGGGCGUGCGUUUGUGAAGCGCGUGCGUUUGCGAAGCGCGUGCGUUUGCGAAGCGCGUGCGUUUGUGAAGCGCGUGCGUUUGUGUGCGUUAGCGAGGAGUAAGACACCAGACACGAUGUAUGCAUGGACGCUGACCUUCUUUCGCACCGUACGUAGCCAACCGUGCUAAUCGGAGGUGCGCACGUGACGCGAUCGCAGCGUGUCCCUCGACAUAGAAUGUGAAAGAUAACGGGGAGGUUUGGAGUGGGAGGCAUUGGAGGGGAGGGGAGGGUGUGACCUAGGGUCGCCACACUCUCUCACUUGACCAAACAGGGGCAGAUUUCUAAGCCAGCACCGGUGACCACAUCUCAUCACCGGUGACCACAUUUCAUCACCGGUGACCACAUCUCAUCACCGGUGACCACAUUUCAUCACCGGUGACCACAUCUCAUCACCGGUGACCACAUAUCAUCACGUGACCACAUCUCAUCACCGGUGACCACAUCUCAUCACUGGUGACGUCAUCUCCGUACAAUCCAACUCCUGCCGCCACCCAAACACAGACGGAAGCCAGCUCCUGCAGGCUGUCCGGAUCAAAGCUUCGGGAGUGUGAAUUUUAAUUGCUUCAAUAAUAUCUACGGGACCUUUCUUUGCCAGUAUAAAAUUGAUGAAAAAUAUAAGAAUAGUCUUUACCCUUUCUGGCAAUGAAACAGGAGGUGUUAAGAUGUUCAAAUGCCAAGCAAGGUAUCAGGUCUGCAUUAACCACACAUACUUGUGGCAAAAGAUGUAAACAAAUAUGCUCUGAUAAUAUAUGGAUUGCCUUUGAAACGGAUUGGCCUAUGUAUAUAUUUAAAUUAUUUUUAGGGGCUGCCCGAAUUUGACCGAGACAGGUUGCAGUCCGAGUAGGGGUGGGGACCCCUCAAUGUUUUUAUUUAUAUUUAUAUAUUAUAUUGUUAUCAAUCACACUCCCAAAAUUAAUAAAUGUUACUACGGCGGGUAAAACCACGCUGCCUGUGACGUCAUCCGCGUCACCACGCGGUAGGCCAGCCUCGUGCCGCACUGCGAUGACGACCACCGGCACGGCACCACUGGGCUACGAGUCGGAGUCGUGGCUCGUGGGAGUCGUGCCCCGUGAGCCUCCCUGAUUUCGGGGGCCGUUCAAACUUCACCUUCAUCUUGUGGAAACGUAAGAAGCAUUUCAUGGAAAUAACGAGGUGUCUUUUAUGAGCACAGGUUUAGCGGCAUGUCGUAGACACGCUGUGUGUGGAGAUGUCAGCAAGGAGGACAGGGGAUGGAGAAGUGUGGGGUCAAGCCCCAAGAAACAACAAUGCAGAGAGAAGGUUUCCCAAGUCCAGACGUGUGUCUGAUCUGUAGACCUGGAUCUGAUCUAGAGACCUGGUCUCAUCUGUAGACCUGGGUGUGAUCUGUAGACAUGGAUCUCAUCUGUAGACCUGGGUCUGAUCUGUAGACCUGGAUCUGAUCUAGAGACCUGGUCUCAUCUGUAGACCUGGGUGUGAUCUGUAGACAUGGGUCUCAUCUGUAGACCUGGGUCUCAUCUGUAGACCUGGGUCUCAUCAAUAGACCUGGGUCUGAUCUGUAGACCUGGGUCUCAUCUGUAGACCUGGGUCUCAUCUGUAGACCUGGGUGUGAUCUGUAGACCUGGCUCUCAUCUGUAGCCCUGGGUCUCAUCUGUAGGCCUGGGUGUGAUCUGUAGGCCUGGGUGUGAUCUGUAGGGAGAACAAACAAGGAGAGAGACACUAGGAUCCUCUCUCCUCUCCACACUCUCAAGUGUCAUCAUCAUCAGCAGAGAGCAUUACUACUCACAAAAGCCAGUAAAAUAUGAACAUUGUUUACUUUAUUUAACCAAAUGUAUCUUUGGAGUCCGGGCAAGGUACCGACGAUUCAUUAGUUUCUGCCGUUAAAUUGUACAAAGUCAGCCAACAUGAGCCAAGUGAUGCUGCGCUCGAGAAUGUAUCUCUUUAGUCAAGGAAAUGUAAAGAAUUGUUUUCUAAAGAAAAUGUUUAAAGUGCAAUAAACAAAAAAAUAACGGUG